AUGGCGGCUGCAGCCCGCUGCCUCUCCCUGCUGCUCCUGUGCACCUGUGUGGCUCUGUUGCUGCGGCCACCGCAGGCUGCCCAGGGGGCCCCGCUGGAGCCUGUCUACCCAGGGGACAACGCCACACCAGAGCAGAUGGCCCAGUAUGCGGCUGAACUCCGCCGAUACAUCAACAUGCUGACCAGGCCCAGGUAUGGAAAGAGAGACAGAGUGGACGCCAUGGACUUGGACUGGGGUUCUCCCCACGCAGCUGGCCUCAGGGAGCUCGGCCCGACAGACCUGUGA